AUGAGACACACUACGGAUAAUUGCUGGACUUUGCGCAAGGAGAUUGAAAGAUUGAUCAAAGUAGGGCACCUGACAAACUUUGUCUCAGGAGAAAACACACAGUCAGAGACAGUCAAGGCCGUCGGGGGCGGAUCAUCAAAAGGAAAGGAGGUAGUAGAGGAUUUGGGAGCACCCGCUGGGUCAUGCUCAUCAAUCGCAGGAGGCUUUGGUGGUGGGCGUUUAUCUUGUAGAGGGCGAAAAAGAUAUGUGGAGGCGGUAAACUCAGUUCACAAAGCUUAUGAAGGGGAGUGUUGGUUGAACCACACUCCUAUUACUUACUCGCCUAAGGAUUUUGAUCAUGUGAUUCCACAUGACAACGAUCCAACGGUGGUGACUUUGCGAGUGAACAACUAUGUUACUAAGAAAGUCUUUCUGGACCAAGGCAGUUCUGCGGACAUCAUUUAUGGCGAUGCAUUUGAAAGGUUGGGAUUAAAGGAGUCAGACUUGAAACCAUAUACAGGGUGUUUGGUUGGAUUCACUGGCGAUCGGGCCAAGGGCGACAUAUAA